UGGCAGCAGUAGCAGAAUUCUUGAUCCAUGACAGUGAAACAAGCAAGUGCUUGGUGUCCAUAAGUCUGUGGGAUUCAUCUGGAGGAUUCACCAUCCACAGUAAACUACCAGAUGAGAAGUGAUUAUUAUGAGGAAGCCAUUAGAGACUCUGGACCCUGCGAGGAAUCGGGGAGUACAUUAUUCCUGUCAGGUUUAAGUAGAGUUGGCCUGUAACCAUGCCCGGCGCUCCAUAGAUUUCAGACCACCAGACCCCCGAGCUGCCCAUCAAACAUGGAUCCCACAUUCUCCAGCAUCAAAUUGGGGUCAGAUUGCACCCCUCUGGAGCGGAAGAGCAAGCGUCACCGAUUGCAGCAUGUCAGGAGGAAACUACGUCCUUCGCGGAUUUUUGGUUUUAUCCUGAGCAUCUCUGCCCUCACAUUGUUCCUGUCUUGGAGUGCCUUUACCUUCACUUUGGGCCCAUUCCCAAGAUGGACUCCACUCACUUCUCUCACCAACCAUGAGGGACUUGCAGAACCAGUGCCACACAGAACUGUCCUAUCUUCUCAUGAAGAGCGCAAUGUUUCGGCAGAUAUGCCCAUCGCUAUGGCCUCGUCCGGUGAGCACAGCAAGGGAGAUUAUCCCGAGGAUCUGUUCACACUGGAGGAGAGGAGGCAAGGUGCAGUUGUGCUGCAUAUGUUCGGCAUGAUGUACAUGUUCAUUGCCCUCGCUAUCGUCUGCGACGAGUUUUUCGUCCCCGCCCUCACUGUGAUCACAGAAAAACUGGAGAUCUCGGAUGACGUAGCGGGCGCCACCUUCAUGGCCGCUGGAGGCUCUGCUCCUGAGCUCUUCACCUCUGUGAUCGGUGUGUUCAUCUCACACAGCAAUGUGGGCAUCGGGACCAUCGUGGGUUCUGCUGUCUUCAACAUCUUGUUCGUGAUCGGGAUGUGUGCUGUCUUUUCACGUGAGAUUCUCAACCUCACCUGGUGGCCUCUGUUUAGAGAUGUCACCUUUUAUAUCAUUGGACUAAUUAUGCUUAUCGUUUUCUUCCUGGAUAACUACAUUACUUAUGUUGAGAGCAUUGGACUGUUACUCUGUUACGCUAGCUAUGUCACUUUUAUGAAGUACAAUGUGACUGUAGAGACUUUAAUCAAGACUAAAUUACUCAGGAAUCAAGUGGAUGACAUUGAAGCUCCUCCUAAGGUUGUCAGUGCAGCAGAUGACGAAAAUAAACUUUCGGCUAAACCCCGCCUCCAGAGAGGAGGAAGCUCCGCCUCCCUUCACAACACCCUCAUGAGAAACAGCAUCUUCCAGCUAAUGAUUCACACACUCGAUCCUCUCAGUGAAGGGAGGUUCAAGGAGAAGGCGUCGAUUCUGCACAAGAUCGCAAGAAAAAAGGAACAAGAUGAGGCAAAUGGUGUUGUCGUCAAGAAUCUUCCCAACAGUACUAAUGUGGAGGUAGAAGUCACUCCGCCCAUGAAUGGCAGUGCUGGAGCUGAGGCUGAGGAGGACGACGAUGAAGACCAGCCUCUGAGCUUGGCAUGGCCAGACACACCAAGGAAGCGAGCAACAUACCUCGUCAUCUUUCCCAUCGUCUUUCCAUUGUGGCUGUCACUGCCGGAUGUCCGCAGAGAUACAUCAAAAAAGUUCUUUCCGCUCACAUUUUUGGGAUCUAUUAGUUGGAUUGCUGUUUUCUCUUACCUGAUGGUGUGGUGGGCUCAUCAGGUUGGUGAGACUAUUGGAAUCACAGAGGAGAUUAUGGGUUUGACUAUUCUAGCGGCUGGUACCUCCAUUCCUGAUCUCAUCACCAGUGUUAUUGUUGCCCGGAAGGGUCUCGGCGACAUGGCCGUCUCCAGCUCAGUCGGCUCCAACAUAUUUGACAUCACUGUAGGCCUGCCAUUUCCAUGGCUAAUGUUUUCCCUCCUGAACGACCUGACUUCAGUGGCCGUGAGCAGCAACGGCCUGUUCUGCGCCAUCAUUCUGCUCUUCCUCAUGCUCCUUUUCGUCAUCAUCUCCAUCGCUGUGUGCAAGUGGAAGAUGAGCAAGCUGCUGGGUUUCUUCAUGUUCCUGCUCUACUUUGUGUUCCUGGUUGUCAGCGUAAUGUUGGAGGACAAGAUCAUUAUCUGCCCGGUCUCCAUUUGAUUCCUUUAUCUUGCACGCCGUUGUUCAUUUUCUGGGAACA